GGGGGGGGGCUUUACUAGGCUAUUAGUUGAUGCAAUCUGCUUAGGAGAUAAAAUUCCUUCAACGCAAGGAAGAAUGUUGAUCGGAACAAAGCAAUCACUGGCAUCAAAUAUUAAAUAAAUAUCGUUAUGCAUUUGCUUUUGUUCACUUUCAAGAAACUGGGCUUUUGAUUUUUAUUUAUUAUUUUUUGUAUAUGGAUUUUCAUCUUUUGCUUUCUUCCUCCCUCUGAUCAUUCCCCCUAAGUGCAUACUGCAAGUGAAGGACCUAAGACCAACUUGCAUACAGAGCUAACAACUGGCACAAAGUUCCUGCCCAUAAUUGUUGAAAUGGAAUCUAAGUAAAGUGUUUUGCGGGUCAGUUACAUUUCUUUCUGUGGGAGUAAGACCCACCUUCAGAACUGAAUUGCCUAUUUAACAAUUGGUAUCAUGCAUUACAAGAAGUGCAACAUCAACAUAGGGUUGGAAACAUGAUCCUGAAGUAGGAUUGAUGAAAUAGAAAAAAAAAAUUGGGUGAUAUGGUUAUUACUCUGUAUAUAUGGGAUUUCCAUGACUUUAUUGGAAUGUUAUUUCUUAAAAUCUUUAUCAAUAGGUGCUUCUCACAAACCUGUUGUGCGCUAAAUAGUGUUUCGUUUCUUGUUUUUUUUGGGGUCCUUUUGUUCCACACUCAAGCGUUAUUACCAAAGUAGCAGUUCAUUGGAUGCUGGCUUUCAGUCACGGAAUGUAUGCAUAGUUAUAUAUAGCUUUUGAACACUCAAAUUCUGAUCCAAAAAAAAAAAAACUGAAAUUAUGUCUUUUGAACUGCCACUGUUUAUGACUUCUUAUGGUCACAUUGCCUUUCCUGCAGGUUUUAUUGUCUGCCUUGAUUAGGUUCACAUCAUAUUUUAGCGACCUUUUCAAGAUAUUGUUUUUUGCUAAAUUUAUUGUUCAUUACAAAGUAACUGGUAAGUUAAAAGAAAGAGUAAUUUAUUUGUGAUUUUCAUUGUUUAGCCUGAUGCAGCAAAUAAGUCAAGAGCUGGAACAAGAUGAAAUUCGAAAUCUUCGACAUCCUGUCGGUUCACCAGUUACCAACUCUCCUCCAGGUUCCUGGUCCUGUUCAUACUGUAAAUGCAUCUUAUGUUGUAAGCUCAAACAUUGGCAUAAUCAUCUCAGGUAAUUGGCCACAUUUCGGCAGUCCAGUUGAACACAAUUCUUUGCAAGGUUUUAGUCGGUCACCAGGUUUGGGAUCUCUUAGCCCUAUGAAUAGCAAUCAUUUGCCUGGAUUGGCCUCUAUUCUUUCACCCCAUGUGUCAAACCCGGCAAAGAUUGCACCUAUCGGUAAAGACCAAUUAAGGAAAUUAAGUUCAAGCCCCAGGCCCGUGUCAUCUUUUGGUGAAUCAAAUUCCAAUUCAUCUGGGACUGGAAUGCUAUCUGGUCCUCAGUUCCUCUGGGGAAGUCCCACUCUUUACUCAGAGCAUGCCAAUUCUUCUGCCUGGCCAACAUCAUCAGUGGGACAUCCAGUUACGUCCACUGGACAGGGACAAGGUUAUUCAUACUCCAGUCGGCAAGGUUCAUUCCUUGGUUCACCUCAUCACCACCAUGUGGGAUCUGCUCCAACUGGUGUUGCUCUUGACAGGCAUUUUGGGUACUUCCCUGAGUCACCAGAAUCCUCCUUCAUGAGCCCAGUUGCAUUUGGGAGUGGGGGUUUGAGUAGCAUCAAUGGAAAUGCCAUAAAUAUGGGUGCCCGCGGGGCUAUCAAUGUGGGUGUUGCUCUUCCUGGACACAUGAAUGAAAUUGGUUCACCUGGUUCCAGAAUGAUCUCAUUGCCGAGGAAUAACCCAAUAUUAUUUGGGAAUGGUCCUUAUCAAGGAAUGGGAGCAUUCAUCAAUGAAGGAUUGAUUGAACGUCGUCAAAGUCGGCGGAUUGAGUACAGUGGGAACCAGAUAGACAACAAGAAGCAGUAUCAGCUUGACUUGGACAAGAUCAUCAGUGGGGACGAUACUAGGACUACUUUAAUGAUUAAAAACAUCCCCAAUAAAUACACUUCAAAGAUGCUGCUGGCAGCUAUUGAUGAAAAUCAUAGGGGUACUUAUGAUUUUCUCUAUUUGCCAAUUGAUUUUAAGAAUAAAUGCAAUGUUGGUUAUGCCUUUAUCAAUAUGAUGUCUCCUUCGCACAUUAUCUCCUUCUAUGAGGCAUUCAAUGGGAAGAAGUGGGAAAAGUUUAAUAGUGAAAAAGUUGCUUCCUUAGCCUAUGCACGAAUCCAGGGCAAGGCAGCCCUUGUGACACACUUCCAGAAUUCAAGCCUAAUGAAUGAAGACAAGAGGUGCCGACCAAUUCUCUUCCAGUCAGAGGGGCCAGAGAUUAUUGAUCAGGAGCCAUUACUAUCCAACAAUUUGAACGUCUGCAUUCGCCAGCCAGAUGGAUCUUACUCCGGAGAUUCAUUAGAAAGCCCAAAGGGUGAUGUUGAAGAGAAGCGAGAGAUUAUCUAA